UCAAAAUUAAAAGAAAAAACUUACUAUAUGUUUCACAUUUCCACUUCGCAUCACAGCUUGCUCCUUUUUUUUGCAUUACUCCCAGUCAUAAAAGCAAAAAAACCCAGAAAAAGAAAGUCGUAAGAUAGUCGCUUCACGGCGUGAUCUGAUCACAGAGACUCAUAAAGAUCAAGACUUUCAUCCAACUCCAACCUAAAAUCUCUCACAAUUAUCUUUCUUCCUCGUUCGCUCCGUUAAACCCUAAAAUUGGAAUCUCUCAUCCCGCACGCUAACACCUGCCCACUCUUCUUAUCCUUUUAUUUUCUUCAGACAUUAAAGCUUGGAGCUUGACGAACUAGUGAUUCUCGAAAGGUGAGAACUUGAUUGAUUUGUUUGGAGAAGUUGAUCACGCCCUGAAGGUGUUUGAUAGAAUGGCUCAGUCAGUUGGUCCAAGGCUGUAUAGUUGCUGCAACUGCAGGAACCAUGUGGGACUUCACGAUGAUAUUAUCUCUAAGGCUUUUCAGGGAAGAACCGGGAGAGCCUUCCUCUUCUCCCACGCAAUGAACAUUGUGGUUGGGCCUAAAGAAGACCGGCAUCUUCUUACGGGUCUCCACACUGUGGCUGACAUAUCUUGUGCUGACUGCAAUGAACCCUUGGGCUGGAAGUACGAGCGAGCCUACGAGAGCUCACAAAAGUACAAGGAGGGCAAGUUCAUAUUCGAAAAGGCUAAGAUUGUCAAGGAGGAGGAUUGGUAGUGAAAGCAACAUGUUGAAUUCAUUAUUGGAUUGACUCAAAAAACUGUACAUAGAUAAAACCUUGGCUUUGUCGAUUCCAAUCUUUAUGGAUUUCACAAGUCUAUCAUCAUCCAUUAUUCGGUUCGUUAUCUCUCUCGCCUGCAUGCUGUUAAAUAUGUCAGUCUCUUGUGUUUAAGUGGAUGUUUAUAUAAUAAUAUAUAUACACAUUAAUUAUGGA